AUGCGCCGCGGCCAACAUCCGCGGCCAGCCAGCGACUGUCGCGGGCCACGCUCCACACUCCUCAGUCAGUUCGGCGCCGACCGCCAGCCCGCGCAGACGUCUCUCAGCAUGGCCACCGCUCACACACUCCCGGCCCCCGCGCCCUCGCCCGCGACCGCCGACCGCCGCUCGGAGGGUCGCGCCGGAUCCCGCCGUAUUUUCCCACCGCAGUUCAAAUUACAAGUUCUGGACGCGUACAGACGUGACGCCCAGUGCCGCGGCAACCAGCGCGCCACGGCGAGGAAGUUCGGCAUCCACCGGCGUCAGAUCCAGAAGUGGCUGCAGGCCGAGCCGGCUCUCCGCGCGGCCCUGUUGCGGCGGGCGCCCCAGCCGGCUCCGUCGCCUCCUCCGUACUCGGUGGGUUCUCCGGAGAGCGCCCGCCUGCCGUCUCCUCCGCCCGCCGUCACCCAAGUGCCUCCCGUGUCGAGCUCCGUCCAAGCGCCUACCCCGCUGGCGGCGCCCGUGCCGGUGCUGCCUCCGUCCACGGAGCCCAUCGACCUGUCAGUCCGCCGCCUGUCCCCGCCGCCCGUGCCCAUGUUGUGUUGUCCGCCGCCGACGGUGCCGGAGCCUCCUCAGCCUCGCAAGCCGUUCAAGCUGUUCCGGCCGUACCUCCUGGAGGACGAGCACCACAAGCGGCCGUCCCUGGCGUCCCUGCCGGUGUCGGAGGGGCUCCACGUGUCGGCCUUCGUGCCCGUGCAGAGCGCGGCGGCGUGUUCCCUGUCGGCGUGCCCCGCGGCCCGCUGGUGCCCCGCGCCGUCCUUCUCCACUCCUCUCAGAUGA